AUGGCACCGCAGCCCCCGCCAGAAUACAGAGACGUCGACGUUGAACUUGAACCCCUCGACGAACCGCAAACUUUCCAGCAUCCGGACUCUCCGCUGCCGUACUUCGACGAGCCUUCGCUGCCAGGUACACCAGACAGGGCCAUGGACACAACUCCAAAAUGGAUGACCACGGCGCAGCCUUGGGGGAAAGCUUUGUCGCGAAGAGCUGUUGACCUCUUGAAGCCGAGGGUUGCCUGGGGCUACAUCAUCUGGACCUUCAUCGGGCUCUAUGUGCUCUACUGCCUCAUCAUCCGAUCGCCUCUCUUGGCGUCCAAAUUGCCCGGAUACUCUGGACGCUACGGUGUUGGCGCGAUUGAUGUCGAAGUUGCCGUCACAUCACCACGGAAAACGAGUGAUUUGGUCUUCAGGGACGGCAAGGCUGCCUUCGAGCUCGAGACUGUCCUCUUCACACUCUACUACCCUACGAUCAAGGAUGUACGAGGGAGACGACCACGUCACUACUGGAUUCCCAAGCCUGUCAGCUUAACCGCAGAAGGGUAUGCUCGCGCAGCGCACUUCAACAACUUCAUCUCGAGACCAAUCUUCACGUUUGCAUUAUGGGCUAUUGCUGGGAGUAUCACCAUCCCGGCCGAGGUGGACGUCCCACUGGUGCCUCUCGACGAUAAGUCUGGAGAGAGGUUUCCCGUUGUGGUGUUGUCGCACGGGCAAGCUAGCUCGAGGACGGAUUACACGCACUACUGCGGCGAGCUAGCAAGCUCCGGGGUCAUCGUAGCCGCGGUUGAGCACCGUGACGGCAGCGGCCCCGGGUCCGUUGUCACCACUCCGAGUGGGGAGAGGAGGGUGAUGUAUCUCAACAAGAAGGAACUCCGCGGCGGAAAGGAGAUGGAAGACGACGAUUUCAAGUUUGAGCAGCUCGCCUUCCGCCAGGCGGAGAUUGAGGAGACGAUUGCCGUGUUGAGAUCACUCGAUGCCGGCCGUGGCGGAGACAUCUUUGAGAGAAACGCCAGAAAAGAGGGCAAGGAUCUGGAGCAGUGGGCGAACCGCCUCAACUUCUCGGAGACGGUCAUCGCGGGCCACUCGUUCGGUGCCACGGGCGCGUUGCAGGUCCUCCGAGGCGCGACAACGGACGAAAACCCAGCCGUCGGCGGUAUCAUUCUCGAUCCGGGCAAGAGUAGCGGGCGGUUGAACACGGAUAUCGACGUGCCUAUCUUGGUGGUUCACUCGGACUCGUGGUCGAAGAAGGUUACGAUGUUCUUUGGGAGGCCGCACUUCGACAUCGUGAGAGACAUUGUGAAGGAUGUGCUCAAGAGGGUUGGCUCCAGUUGGUUCCUGACGAGUAUGAAGACGAGCCAUCCUAGUGUUACGGACGCGCCGCUGAUUGAACCUUUGUUGUUGAGGUGGACGACCGGGGCUACGAUUAAUGUUAAUGAGGGUUUGAGGGAGUAUGUGAGAGUUUCGAUGGAGUUUCUUGACUUCUUGAGGAAUGGCACAAGAGGAGGAGUGCUUUCUGAGGGGCCUACGCAUCAGGAAUAUGGCGAGGACACUCGGACGGAAGAGCAAAAGGAGAGAAUUCCGAAGGAUGUGAUGAAAUACUGGGAGAUCCACGUCGCGCCACCUCGAGAUGAGUAG